AUGUGUCAAUUAAAAGAAAUGAGAUACAGACAACCACAAAAUUAUUUUCCAAAAGGUCCCAAAAAAAGUAUUUUAGCAAAAGAGUCACAUCGUCGUUGUCCAAAGGUUCCAUUCAUGAAUUUAGCAGAGUGUCUAUUACUACCCUUAUCAACCAACAGCGCUGCAGUCAGUGGCUACCCUUUGACCAGGGAUUCACCAAGAUUGAGAGAAAUGAAGUUAUCAUACAAUCAUCGUAGAGUGAAAAGCAAUGACUUGGUUUAUAAAGGUACAGCAUCAACAGAGGGUCAACAACAACAACCACAACAAGAAAACCACUUUAUUCAUGAAUUUAAGAAUCAUGAUAAUAAUAACAACAACUAUUAUAAUAACUAUCCAUAUACUAUCUCUAAACAACAACAACAACAACAACCAAAUUCAAUCAUGACCGUUGCACUUAAUGAUAAUCAUAAUAAUGAAAGAUAUCAAUUAAAUAAUAGUAACAAUGGUUCAGACAAUUCAUCUUCAUCUUCAUCAUCAUCAUCUUCAUCUUCUUCAAGUAGUGAUGAUAAUGGAUCAGAUGAAUCAUCAUCAUCAGAUAAUGGAAAUGAAGUAUCAAAAUUGGAAAAAGAAUUAUCAAAUAUAAUUGGUGGCGAUUUAUUGAGAAAGGCAAAUAUAUUAGUGGCAGAGGACGAUCCAUUCAACCGAAAGAUAGCUCUCCAUUUUCUCCAAGGAAAGCUGGGUCAUUCGGUGACAAUGGCCGAGGAUGGGUUACAGGCUGUCGAGGCUGCACUCUCUCAUUCGUUUGACCUCAUUCUCAUGGACGUGGAGAUGCCCCAAAUGACGGGUUUCGAGGCAACGGCCAAAAUCAGAGAGUUUGAGCUGCAACAAGGCCGCCGCACCCCCAUCAUCGCCCUAACCACCAGCGAUCGCAACGAAUGUAUCGAGGCGGGCAUGGACGACCACCUUCACAAGCCCGCUCGAUUCCAACAAUUAAAUAGCGUCAUCUCAUCGUUUCUUAGUAAAUCUUGUGAAUUAAAAUCAGUCAAUAGUAAAAGCAAUAGUUGUAAUACACUCGACCCUAUCAUUAGCUCUUCUUCUUCAUCCUCAUCUACUUCUUCUUCUUCUUCAUCUGGCAAUACAUUAUCGUCAUCAGUGUCAUCAUCUAAUCUUGGCCAGCUCUCUGGAAGCACCUCUCUUGUAAAUAGCAACAAUAAUAAUAAUAACAACAGUAAUCAUAGUCACCAACACAACCAUUUUAUCCACUCUCAUCAUCAGAGUAUGCCAAACCUUUUAGCACCACUUACCUCACCCAAUUCGCGUCACCAAACGCCAACAAUAUCAUCACCAAGUAUAUUGAAAUCGGCAACCCCAUCGCCAUUGGUCAACUGUUGCUCCUCGGCAUCAUCAUCAUCGACGUCUACUUCACAAUCAAAAGAUAUCAAAGUAUUUAACCAGAAAUUUUCCCUAAAUAGUCCACUUCCCAUUAGUUAUCAACAAAUACAUACACUCUCCUGUCAAAACAACAAUAAUAAUAAUAAUAAUAAUAAUCUUCCCAACAUUUGUUCAGCCAAUACUUCUCCAUCACUUCCUUCAUCUCCUUUGAUUCUUCAAGGCAGUAGUAGUAGUAACAAUAAUAAUAAUAAUUAUCCAUCUUCCUCCUCAUCCACUGUAAAUAAUGUAUAUACCUCUUCUUCUUCUUCGAGUAGUAAUAUAUCGUCACCUACCAAUGAAUCCAAUUUUAAUACGCCAAUUCUUCCCCCAACUACUCCUAGUAGUAUUUCAUCAUCAUCAACUCGCCUUCCUCCCAGUAGUAAUAUUAAUAUUUCAGGAUCCUCACCAACCAACUCUUCUUUUUUACAAACGUUGGUUAGUGAUGAUUAA